CUUCCAUUUCCGGGUGAGGCAAUGGCGGCGGGUGGCAGCGACCCGAGGACUGCAGAUGUGGAAGAGGACGCCUCGCAGCUCGUCUUCCCCAAAGAAUUCGAGACUGCAGAAACUCUGCUGAAUUCAGAAGUGCAUAUGCUUCUUGAGCAUCGCAAGCAACAGAACGAGAGUGCAGAAGAUGAGCAGGAGCUGUCAGAAGUCUUCAUGAAGACUCUGAAUUACACAGCACGCUUCAGCCGCUUCAAAAACCGCGAGACCAUCGCCAGUGUCCGUAGCUUGCUGCUCCAAAAAAAGCUCCAUAAAUUUGAAUUGGCAUGUUUGGCCAACUUGUGUCCUGAGACUGCUGAGGAAGCCAAAGCUUUGAUUCCUAGCCUGGAGGGGCGAUUUGAAGAUGAGGAAUUGCAGCAGAUUCUUGACGACAUUCAGACCAAACGCAGCUUCCAGUACUGAAGCUGACCAUCAACCCCUCCCAAUGAGCAGAAAAUCUGAGGACUUUGUUUCUCCACCCUGUGUACCAAUCCAGCUCCCGGGCUGAGCAGUGGAUGAAGGGAGCUCCAGUGUCAUACACUCCAGGCGUACUGGAGAUCAGUGAAGUCCUCUUGCUUUGAUAAGGACACCUGCAUUGUGAGGGCACUAGAACUUGAAAAAACCUUUUCUUGGUGGCUCAAAUAUUUGUUUCUUCCACAUUCUUCUCCCCAGUUUGGGAGUUUCAUACACGUCUCUGUUUUGUGGCAGAAAUGUAGACCUGUCUGGUUGGUUGGUUGAGUGGGGACGCGUAUUCCUGACUCCUGGAAGGAGUAACAAUGCACGGAAUCGAGUCCCACUGCCUUUCAAAUGGUUUCAUCAUCAUGGUGGGCUUUUACAAGCUCAACUAUUUUGUAUUAUUGCUUAGUGUAAAUUAAAAUAUAUUUCUAACU